AUGGCGGACGCCGGCUUGCGCCGCGUGGUUCCUAGCGACUUGUAUCCCCUGGUGCUCGGCUUCCUGCGUGAUAACCAACUGUCAGAAGUGGCUAACAGGUUCGCCAAGGCGACAGGCGCUACUCAUCAGGAUGCCAAUGCCUCUUCUCUCUUGGACAUCUAUAGUUUCUGGCUCAACAGGUCCACCAAGGCCCCAAAGCGGAAGUUACAGGCAAAUGGGCCAGUAAUUCAGAAGGCAAAGAAGACGACUUCGUCCAGUGACAGCAGCGAGGACAGCAGCGAGGAGGAGAAAACCCAAGUGCCUCCAUCUAAGAAGACUGCGAUAUCUGCCAAGCAGGCCAGUCUGCCCCAGCAUCCUGGAAAGGAUGCAGCCAAAGCAUCAGAGAGCAGCAGCAGUGAAGAAUCCAGUGAUGAUGAUGAGGAAGAGGACAGAAAGAAAAGGCCUGUCCAGAAGGGCGCUAAGCCCCAAGCUAAGACAGCCACUGCCCCUCCCAAGAAAGCCGAGAGCUCUAGUUCUGAUUCUGAUUCUGAUUCAAGCUCGGAGGAUGAGGCACCAAAGAACCAGAAGCCAAAGACAACACCUGUGGCAACUAAAGCUCAGGCUAAAGCCCCAGCCAAACCAGCACGAACUCAAGUUGCACCUAAAGUAACCAAUGGCAAAGCAGCUAGCAGCAGCAGCAGCAGCAGCAGUAGUAGUAGUGAUGACUCAGAGGACGAGAAGGCAGCAGCUACCUCUAAGAAGACUAUACCUAAAAAGCAAAUUGUGGCCAAGGCUCCAGUGAAAGCUACUGCUACCCCUGCCCAGAACAGUUCCAGCAGUGAUGACUCCUCUAGUGAGGAGGAAGAGGAGCAGAAGAAACCCAUAAAGAAAAAACCAGGUCCUUAUAGUUCAGUCCCCCCGCCUUCUACUCCCCAACCAAAGAAGUCUCUGGGGACUCAGCCCCCCAAGAAAGCUGUAGAGAAGCAGCAGCCUGAGGAAAGCAGUGAGGACAGUAGCGAUGAAUCUGAUUCAAGUUCUGAAGAAGAGAAGAAAUCCCCAGCUAAAGCAGUUACCUCUAAAGCAACCCCUAAGCCAGCUCCAGCCAAGAAAGCAGCCGAGAGUUCUUCAGACAGCUCAGACUCAGACAGCUCUGAGGACGAAGCUCCUGCAAAGCCAGUCAAUGCCACCAAAAAUCCUUCAAGUAAGCCAGCUGCCAUUGCCAAACAGCCUGCAGCCAAGUCAGCUGCAGCUCCCAAGCAACCUGCAGGCAGUGGCCAGAAGCCUUUGUCUAGAAAGGCUGAUAGCAGCUCCAGUGAAGAGAGCAGCUCCAGUGAGGAGGAAAAGAAGAUGAAGAAAAGUGUGGCCACCCCUAAGGCCAAGGUGAUGGCCAAAGCAGCUUCAACUCUGCCUGUCAAACAGGUCUCUCAGGGAGGUGGGGAUAGCAGUUCUGACUCUGACAGCUCUAGCAGUGAGGAAGAGGAAGAGAAGACCUCUAAAGCCCCAGUUAAAAGGACGCUGCAGAAGGCGGCAGCAGCUGUCACCUCUUCCAAGCCAGCCUCCAAAAAGAAAGGAGAGGCGGAGAGCGAUAGCAGUUCUUCCUCUGAUGACUCCAGUGAGGAAGAGGAGGAAGAGAAGCCCAAGGGCAAGGGUCCUCCAAAAUCACAAGGUCCCAAGGCCAAUGGCACCUCUGUACUUACUGCCCAGAAUGGAAAAGCAGGUGGAAACAAGAAUGAGGAAGAGGAUUCACUGGCAGUUUCCAAGCCAGGAAAGAAACGGAAGCAGAAUGAGGCUGCCAAGGAGACAGAGACUCCCCAAGUCAAAAAGCCGAAGCUCCAGACCCCCAACACAUUUCCAAAAAGGAAAAAAAGUGAGAAAAGGGCAUCAUCCCCAUUCCGGAGAGUCAGGGAAGAGGAUAUUGAUGUGGAUGCUCGAGUGGCAGACAACUCUUUUGAUGCCAAGCGAGGUGCAGCUGGAGACUGGGGAGAACGAGCCAAUCAGGUGCUGAAGUUCACCAAAGGCAAAUCCUUCCGGCAUGAGAAAACUAAGAAGAAGCGGGGCAGCUACCGGGGAGGUGCCAUCUCUGUCCAGGUCAAUUCCAUUAAGUUUGACAGUGAGUGA